CUCAGAGUCUUAACCACUGGACUGCCAGGGAGGUCCCACUAACUGGACUUUCUAAGUCUCCUCUUAGGGCUCUUCCUCCUUUGUAACACCUCUUCCUUUGUUCAGAUAAAUGUGAGUGAACCCCCUGGCUUGAUCCUGAGCUCCUUUCUCUCUCUGGCUCAUUAUGUCUAGACAAGUUUGUAAUUUUUGUUCCACAAACACCCCUAAUUUAUUCCUGCUUUACAGAUUUCUAUUAAUUGUCUUUUUUCCUUGGAAAGCUCUUACCCCAAACCUUGGUUAGCUUGUUAUUGUCAUUUCAAGUCUCAGAGCAGAUGUCACCAACACAGAAGUCUUCCUUCAUCUACAAAUCUAAAUUAGCUCCUACUGCAGUGUAGUUAUGCUCUAUUACUUUACUUUGUUUAUUUUUACAAAAACACUGUGAGAACCCUAUUUACUUCUGAUCUUUUUGUUUUCUUGUUUGUGUAUUCUCUACCAUUUGCUAGCUAGAAUGUAGGCUCUGUGAGAAUAGAAACCUUAUUUGUCAUGCUGUCUACAAUCUUUCUGGUACCUAGGUUAGUGUCUCUUACAUACUUCUCAAUAAAUAUGUGUUAACUGAACUGUUGAAUGUUUGAUCUUAGAUCAAAUAUAUAUUAAAUGGAGGUUAAAAUCCAGCUUCUACCAAAAAUAGACAAAACUACAUUUAUGACUUAAUGUUGGCCAUUUCCUCAUUUUCUGCUUUUAAAAAGUCAACUGGUUAAUUUCCAUAUUUUUUGGAAAAUUUUUAUUUGUUUUGUUUUUAAAAGAUGAAAUAGGUUUACAGCUGUCAUUCACAAGUACUUCUCUAUAAAUAACUCAUUGUGGUAUGGAUGGAUUUAUACCCAAAUGAAAACCAGAUGGUCUUACUUGUGGUUAGUUAUUCUCACUGUCUUAAAUUGGCUUCUGAAAUGCUGGAGAUACCUUUUAGAUGCUAUAAAAUAAUUUUGAUCAUUAGUUAUGGAACUAAUGGAGAUAUCUUCAGGUGAAUUUGCAGAAUUAUUAUUUUAUGCUCUCAAAUCAGUAUUCCUUAUGCAUUCUGCCUCUAACCAGUUGUCUAUUAUGUGUAAAAAUGAAAUAAUAUACCAUUGAAAAUAAUUACAGUUUAAAACUGUAUAAUGAUCAAAACAAUUAUUCAGAGUUAACCUGAAUGGUAAAUUCAGUGACUUUCAGGAGUUUGCACAUCUGAUUUCCACUAAUUCCAAGACAUAUUAUCUUCUGUAUGUUUAUGUCAAAGGCUCCUCAGUUGUUAUGUUUUAAAUAGUUGUUAAAUGUUUAUUGUUUAUUUUAAUUUUGAGGACGUGCAAGUUAAUCAAUUUUUUUCUCUUAUGAAUAAUGUUUUUUGUGUCAUAGCUAAAAAAAAAUCUUUGCCCAACCCAGUUUCACAAAGAUCUCCUAUUUUUUUUCUAGACAUUUUAUGGUUUUAAGUUUUACAUUUAGGUCUAUGAUCCAUUCUGAUGCAUGUGACUAUUUUUGUAUAAGGUAUGAGGUGUGGGUUAAGGCUCAGGAUUUUGCAUAUGGAUGCCUUAUUGUUCCAGAAUCAUUUGUUUUUUAAAAAACUAAGUCUUUCUGCAUUGAAUUGCCAUUACAUCUUUGCCAAAAAUCAAUUGACCAUAGAUGUGUGGGUCUAUUUCAGAGCUCUCUGUUUAUCUGUCUAAUUAUCUGUCCAUUCUUUUGCCAAUCUAUGUUUAUUUUGACUACUGUAAAUAGGUAGUAUGAGUCCUUCAGCUUUGUUCUUUUUCUUGUUUGGGCUAUUGUAGUUGCUUUCCCUAUCCAUACAAAUUUAUGAAUCAGCUUGUUGAUAUUAGCAAAAAUUCUGCCAAGAUUUUGAUUGGGAUUGUGUUGAAUCUAUAGAUCAGUUUAAGGAGAAUUAACAUUGUAACAAUAUUGAAUAAUUAAUCCAUGAACACAAUGUGUCAGUCCAUUUAUUUAGAUCUUACUUGAUUGUUUUUCAUUGGUGGUUUUUUUCAGUGUGUAGAUCCUGCAUAUUUUUUGUUUGAUUUAUGCCUAAGUAUUUCAUAUUUUUAAGCUAUUGGAAUUAAUACUAUUUUAAAAAUUUCUAUUUCUGUUUUUUUCAUUUCCAGUAUCUAGAAAGAUAAAUGAUUUUUGUAUCUUGACCUUAUGUCUGCUACCCUAGUAAACUCAUUAGAUCUAGGAGCUUUUUUUAUAGAUCCCUUGGGAUUUUCUAUGUAGAAAAUCAUGUCAUCAAUGAAUAGACACAGUUUUACUUUUUAUUUUCCAGAUUUCUAUGCAUUUUGUUUCUUUUUUCUUCUUCUGUUUCACUGGCUAGGACCUCUAAUGUGAUGAUGAAUAGGAGUGAUAAGAACAGACACCUUGCCUCAUUCCCAGUCUUAUAGUAAAAGCAUUCAGUCUUUCAUCAUUAACCAUGAAGCGGUCUCUAGGCUUCUGUGUAGAUACUCUUUUUCAGGUUAAGCAGUUUCCCUCCUUUUCCUAAUUUACUGAGUUCUUUUUUUUUCUAAUUAUGAACAGAUACUGGAUUUUGUCAGAUGCUUUUUAUUUGUUUUUUUCUUUAGUCUUUUGAUAUGGUGAAUUUCAAUAAUUAAUUUUUUUAAAAUGUUGAACCAGUCUUACAUUCAUGGAAUAAGGCAUACUUGGUUGUGACUUAUUAUUCUUUUUAUAUAUUGCUGUGUUUGUAACAGUUAUUUUAAAAAUAAUAACUGAAAUAGGUGUUGCUACUUAAAUUCUGGAAUACCUUUAAAAAUCAUAACUCUCUUCUCUGUUUAUUAAUUCAGCCAACAAAUAUCUGACAAUUAUUGUGUGCUAGACAUUGUUUUAAGUGCUGCAGAUUAGAAUAUUGAACAAAAUUGAGUUCUGCCCUUAGACUAUAUUACUUUCUAGAAUGUAAUAUAAAGUCAGGUUCUGACAUUAGCACCCCGAGGAACAAUAAAACAGUGUAGGGGAAUGGAGAAUCAUGAAGUGAGGGGCUAAAGCUAUUUUAAAUAAUUAGUCAAGGCAGGACUCUCUGAGGAAGUGACUGUAGAGCAGAAACAUGAAUGAAGUGAGGGAGCUAGCUAUCUUAUUUGUGGAAAAUUGUUCCAGCAAAUAUGAAGUCCUGAAGCAAAGACUUGUUUGGUGUGUUUCAAGAAUAACAUAGAGGCUAGUGUUUAUGGAGUGCAGUAACCCAUAGAGAUAGUUACAGGAGGCUAAGUAGUCAGGGACUUGAUAGUGUAGAACUUUGUAGGCCAUGGUAAGAAAAACUUUGGAUUUUAAGUAUAAUGGCAACCACUUAUUUUUCAACAAAUAUUAAUUCAGUAUCUGCUAUAUGUUAGAUACUUUUGCAUCUUGACAACAUACUAGUUAACAAAAUAAUGAAAAAUCCAAGCAGUUGUAGAUCUUAGAAAUGUUAGUAAUAAGUGUAGUUGUUUACGUUAAUAUGGAGGUAGUCAGAAGUGGUAGAGUUUAGAAUGAUCAGUUAGUAAGCCUUGUUUAUACACAGUGAUUACAUAUUUAGGUGUUUUAAAAAAUUGGAGUAAAUGGACUUGAGUUUUAUGCUAAAACUAUAUGAACAUAAUUUAACCUUUUUUAAUAAUAGGAGACAGUUAUUUUCCUGAGUUUCUUUUGGUUGCAAAGUAGAGAGACUUUCAGGCUACGGUUUUUUAAUAAGGAUAGAGUCGGGAGUAGAAUACAGAAGAACUUCAUGGAAAUCCUAGAAUAGGAACUGUGAUAUGGCUGGGCCUUCCAGAGUCCAGAACCCCCAAAUCUUUAUAUCCAAGUGUGUUAAUUAUCUAUUGCUAUGUAAUACAUUACUCCAAAAUUUAAAACAUUUAUUUCACAGCUUCUGGGGGUCAGGAAUUUAGGCAUGGCUUAGCUGGGUGCCUCUGGCUUAAGGUUUCUCACAAGGCUGCAGUCAAAGUGUUGGUUGGAGCUGCAGGCAUCUGAAGGCUUGACUGAGGAAGGAUCUGCUUCUCAGAUCAUUCACAUGGCUGGUUGGCAGGCUUUAGGUCAUUGCUGUCUGUUGGCUGAAGACAAUAGUUCUUUGCCGUGAGGGUCUUCCCAGCUCACAACAUGGCAGCUGGUGCUCCCGAAUGAGAGGGGUGACAAGAUGGAAGCCACAGUAUCUUUGUAACCUAAUGUUGAAAGUGGCAUCCCAUUAUCUCUGCUGUAUUCUGUUUGCUAGAAGCAAAUCACUAAAUCUAGUCCACACUGUAGAGGAGAGGAUUACACAAAGGCAUGAAUACCAGGAGAUGGGUAUUAUUAAGAUCACUUUAGAAGCUGCCUAUCAUACCAAGUAAGCCCUAGAGAUCUUACCAGAGUUUUUGUGUGUAUGUUUUAUUCUGGUUCUCUACCAUAAAGGUUCCUUAGCCACUCUCAAUGUCUACAUUUCUUUCCCUUCUUUUUUUUCUACCAACUCCAUUUCUUAUCUCUUAAUCUAUGUAUCUUUUUUCUGCUUCUUAUUUUUAGUUUCUCCUUAUCUUUAGUUUAUCCAGGGCCUAAGAUGAAUUCCAUUGCUUCUUCUUGUUUCAACUUCUGCCCCUGCUGCUAGCCACUUUGAUUAUGUCCUUAGCACCCUGUUCAAAUUUUUGAAAGAGAGAAGGUGGGUAAGGAGGGGAUAGAGUAUAGUAUCUUUUGAAUAUGAUUACCUCAGAGAGAACUGUGAUUAGGGCAGUUUCCCUCAGAGAGCAAUGUAGUUAUUUAAAUACUAUUGUAGAUGUUUAUAAAUUAGAAGUUAUAGGUCAUUGAGUGAUCAAGUGACAGACUGAGUCUUGAAAAAAAAUUUCCCAAUGCUAGCUUGUUUUAUUUUUCUAUUUCUCAUAAAAGUAGAGUGCAAAAUAUACUUUUAAAAAGAAAACCCAAUAUUAUGGUUAUUUUUGUUUUCCUAUUUUGGAUUUAGAAUAAAUGAAAAUCUGUUAUAUAUAAGAUUUAUUAUUUUUGAGGCACUAUAUAAAAGUGUAUAAAUUUUGAGACAGAAAAUUAUACAGAAAUCUACAUUUUUUUGGAGACAUUAUACAGUAAAAUAUAAAAAAGGCAAACAUUUAUUUUUAUCACACAGAAUUAACAACGAUUAACAUUUGCUCAUAUUUCAUUUACUCUUUUUCCCCCAAGUAAUAAAAUAUUGUAGCUAAAAUUCAGCUCCUCUUAAAACACCACUCUUAGUUCUGUUUCAUGGAACUUACCUGAUGCAACUACUGUUACAACUUUGGUUUGCAGUAAUUAUCUGCAGGAUUCGCCAUGACCCCAGCUCUGAGGGAGGCAGCAACAAAGGGUAUCUGCUUUUCAUCUUUACCAAGUACCAUGGAGUCGGACAAGAUGCUAUGCAUGGAAGGUCCAAGAACGGUAGAUGAAAAGCUGAAAGGAGACACUUUCUCUCAGAUGCUGGGAUUUCCAACUCCUGAACCUACUCUUAGCACUAAUUUUGUGAAUUUAAAACAUUUUGGCUCCUCUCAGUCUUCAAAACAUUACCAGACUGUUCUUUUAAUGAGUUCUAAUGCUACAUUAAAUAAAUACAGUGAGAAUUAUAAACAAAAGAAAUUAGGGGAACCCCACUGCAAUAAGCUGAAAAACAUACUGUGUAAUGGUAGCAACAUUCAGCUCAGUAAAAUCUGUCAUUCUCAUUCUGAAGAGUUCAUCAAAAAGGAACCUCUGUCAGAUACCACAAGUCAGUGCAUGACAGAUGUACAAAUUAUUUUGGAUUCAGAUAUAACCAAAGACACUAAUGUAGAUAAAGGACAACUGAAAAACUGUAAGUGGUACCAAAAGAAUGCACUUUUGGAUAAAGAUAGUGACGCUGAGAUUAAAAAGGGUUUAUUGCACUGUGCUCAAAACAAAAUUGGGCCUGACCACUCAAACGUGCCUAUUAGUUCCUCAACUGCAGAAAAAGAGGAGGAAGUGAAUGCUCGUUUACUUCAUUGUGUAAGCAAACAGAAAAUUUUACUUAGCCAAGCUAGAAGAACUCAGAAACAUUUGCAGAUGCUCCUGGCAAAGAAUGUUGUUAAGCACUAUGGUCAGCAAAUGAAAUUUUCUAUGGAACAUCAACUCCCCAAAAUGAAGAUUUUUCAUGAACCUACCACAAUUUUGGAUAACAGUUUACCUAAAUGCACUGAAAUUAAACCAGACAUCAACUUAUUGACAGCAGAGAAUAAAUUGUGGAAUGAUACAAAAAAUGGCUUUGCACGGUGUACAGCUGCAGAAAUCCAAAGAUUUGCACUGUCUGCUACAGGGCUGUUGUCUCAUGUUGAAGAGGGUCUGGAUUCCGAUGCAACUGAUAGCAGCUCUGAUGACGAUUUGGAUGAAUAUACCAUUAGAAAAAAUGUGUCAGUUAACUGUAGUACUGAAUGGAAGUGGCUUGUAGACAGAGCAAGAGUUGGCAGCCGUUGGACGUGGCUUCAAGCCCAGAUUUCAGAACUAGAAUACAAAAUCCAACAACUAACGGAUGUUCACAGGCAGAUUCGUGCCUCCAAGGGGAUAGUGAUCCUAGAAGAAUGUCGACUUCCAAAAGACAUUUUGAAAAAGCAAAUCCAAUUCGCAGACCAAGCUGUUUCAUUAAACACUACAGGGAAUCCCCAGAUUCCUCAGGAGAGUCAAGAUCCUUUACCAGAGCAAGAUUUUGAAAUGUCACCAAGUAGCCCAACACUACUUCUUCGCAAUAUAGAAAAACAGAGCGCACAGUUGACUGAGAUCAUCAGCAGUUUGAUUGCCCCUCUCAACUUGUCCCCAAUGUCAUCACCCCUCUCCUCUAAAUCCUGUAGCCGUAAAUGUCUGGCUAAUGGCAUUUCCAGGAGUGCUUCAGAGAAUUUAGAUGAGCUCUCUUCCUCCAGUAGCUGGUUACUUAACCAGAAGCACAGUAAGAAAAGGAGAAAAGACAGGACAAGAUUGAAAUCUCCAUCCUUGACUAUCAUGAGUACAGCAGCUCGAACAAGGCCACUUCAGAGUUUCCACAAACGAAAACUCUACAGAUUGAGCCCUGCUUUUUAUUGGACUCCGCAGACUUUGCCUUCAAAAGAAACAAGGUUUUUAAAUACUACACAAAUGCCUUGCCUGCAAUCAUCUUCAAUUUGGAGCAGCUGUGAACACAAUUCAAAGUCUCAAAUAUUAACAGAACAUGUAUCAGAGAUAGAUUCUUCUUUCCAUUCCGUUCUAUCAUUGCCAUCAGAUGUGCCUCUUCAUUUUCACUUUGAAACAUUGUUAAAAAAGACUGAAAUAAAAGGAGAUCUUUCUGAAAAUAAAUUUGUAGGAGACUGUAUCAUAUCUCCAUCACCUGCACAUAAUACUUCUCUGAAUCAAUGGAGAAAUGGAUAUUCUCCUAUAUGCAAGCCUCAAAUGAGGUCAGAAUCUUCUGCACAGCUGUUACAGGGAAGAAAGAAAAGACACUUGAGUGAAACAGCAUUAGGAGAAAGAACUAGAUUUGAAGAAUUUGCUAUUCAACGCACAGAACCAGGAUCCCAGAGCAAUUUUACUGCAGUUACUAAUGUCAAUGUUAUAUCAAGAACCCAGAAUUCACCAUCACAAAAUACUGCACGACGACGAUUGCGAAGUGAGAGCUCUUAUGAUAUAGAUAAUAUUGUGAUUCCCAUGUCACUAGUGGCCCCAGCUAAAUUAGAGAAACUCCAAUAUAAGGAAAUAGUUACUCCAAGCUGGAGGAUGGUUGUUCUUCAGCCUCUGGAUGAAUAUAAUUUGGGUGAAGAAGAGAUAGAAGACCUCUCUGAUGCAGUCUUCUCCCUAAGACACAAAAAAUAUGAAGAGAAAGAGCAAGCCAGAUGGUCACUAUGGGAGCAAAGCAAGUGGCACAGAAGAAACAGCAGAGCUUACAGUAAAAAUGUUGAAGGACAGGACUUGCUUUUGAAAGAAUACCCUAACGACUUCAGUGGUGGGCAGCACGGCGCUGCUGAGAGUCCCGCCGGGCCUCCAGAGAGCCAGGACCCCAGUGCACACGCCUCACCUUCAGUAAGUCAGAGUCAAGAGAUCAAGCCUUUGGGGUGGGAACGACGGGCUUUUCCGCUGAAAGAUGAAGACAUAGCAGCCUUAUUAUGCCAAGAUGAAAAAAAUGAUCAGAUUGAAAGAUCAAGUCCAGCUUUCCAUGGUGAAGUCUUCUGUACCAGUGCACCAGAGAAUGGCCACCAUCCACAAAGGCAGGCGGACGAAAUGGAGGAACACAAAACCCUUGGUCUAGGACUUACUCAACUCACGUUAAGAAAAAUCAGUGACAGGGAACAGGUUAAGAAAACAAUGUAACUGAUGGGAAAACAGGAGAAAAAAUAAGCCCUGUUCCGCCACCCCCUCCACAGUCACGAUUCCAGAGUAACAGCACGUAGUGCUGGUGCAUGUAUUAAUCUUUUGUGCUGUUUAUGAAACAGGCAAGUUACGUCUCAUUUUCCUUCCUGAACCACAGGAAUAACUAACUAGCUUUUCAUCUACAGACAAGUGCUAGUCAUUUGUGUUUGAUGCAGAUCACAAGCACCAGAAAAUUAACUGCUGCAAUUUGAUGUCAAAUCACAUUACUGGGUAAAUAAUUUUUAAACAACUUAUACCCACGCCCACAUAUACCUAUGCAUCAAAUGACAGCUCUUCUUUUUCUAUACACGUGGUUAUUCUUUAAAUUGCCUCAGAAAUAUAUUAAGAAUAUAAAACACGUGUAUAGAGUAUACAUGCAUACAUAAUACACACAUGUAAGUAGUUUUAAAAAACACUGCAAGUGACCACUCCACUUGAAAAUGCACGUAUGAACUACCCCAUGAAAUAUCAGCUGAACCAUAAAUAGAUUUCCAGUGGUGUUGAACAUCUAUAAGCCUUGACUGACUAUGGAGAAGGAAUUUUUUUUAAAAAACACGUUUAACCAAUAGAAGUUAUUUAUGGAAAUUUAUACACCAGAUAACACAAUACUCCUUCAUUUGAAAUCACUGAUAUCUGUUGGGCUAAACACAGGUUAUUUUCUAUUCACUCCUAACAGAAUAAGAAAGGCAAAGUAGUUAAAUAUUGUUGUAUUUUAAAACUACCACACCUUUUAAAACUCAACUUGAGUGAGUUUUAUCUAUUUUAUGUAUCUCAUGAAGAGAAAACACCCAACUUAAAAUGAGCAACAGACAGGAAAUUCCUGUUUGUUAGUAUAUUAUUGUACUUUUAGUUAUUUUGGUCAUUCCCUACCAUUCCUUACUCUAUUCAAAUAAGCAUCUAUCCUAGAGUGAGAAAUAAAAUUUUUAAAAGGUUAAUGCUUCAAUAUUGGAUACUGGAGUGUACAUUAAGUAAAAUUCCUUUUGAUACUAUUAUAUCAUUUUGUUAUAUGUAAAAAUUGAGGACAAUUUAUAUGAAUCACUUUUUCUCAUGUAAAAAGGUUAUUCAAGUUGUAGUACCCAUAUAACUGACAAUCCUAGCCAACUGGCCUAAUCUGGGGGAUCUGACACUAAGUUUUUGUUAGGGAUUAGAAAUUGUACUAGUCCCUUUAAAGAAGAAGAAAAAAAUUUCCAGUUCAAUGCUGACAAAUUUUUGCUUGUAGUUUUACCGUACAUUUAUAUUUUAAAAAAGAAAACAAAAGCCAGAACAAACCCAAGUUGUCCAGGCAAAUAAACUCAGAUUUUUUUUGUCAUGAUAAUCUUCUAUGUAAGUUUUUUUAAUUAAAGUUAUUUCUAUA